CGGACACGGUGAUACCCUUGAAUGAGUAGGCAACAUCCUCAAAUGAUAUCCGUCGCUACAUGAAGAUUUUAAAAAACUGCAUCAUAUGCAGUGGAACCGGCGUCCAAAGUGAAAGUCGAGAUCCGCGAUGCGUGGGUAUGAUCGAUUUGAAAAAACCGGGCGAUAAUCAGCGAAAAAACUGGAGAUGCGAGUUAUGUCAACAGAUUCGCGAGAGGGUACAGAGGAGGAAUCAACGACGCAGAAAAACAAUACUCAAGCGGGAACGAGCCCAGAAAAAAGCAGAUUUGACUCGAAGAAAAUUCAUUCGCCUGAAACGAAAGAUUAAAAAAUUGUAUGCUGAUGUCGCUGAUUUAAAGCGAUCGUGUUCAAGGAUUGAGAAGGAGACGCUUGAGAAGAACAUCGCCCUCCUACCGGAAACACAGAAACAAGCGGUGCGAACUUGUUUGGAGACGGUAAAGGUGGGAAAUCGAAAGGGCCGAAGAUAUGCCAUCGAAUGGAUGUACGAAUGUUUGUUGAUGCGCAUCAAGAAUAGUGGUCUAUACGACCACAUUCGGGAACGUGAGAUUCUGCCACUUCCAUGCAGAGAAACGUUGAGUCGGUACAUUCGGAGGAUAAGUUCGUCAGCGUAUGAAUUCCAAACUGCCAUUUUUGAGGGUAUGAAAAUGAAGGGCUCAUCUAUGGAGUCCAAUGAAAAACGAGGUACGCUGCUUGUCGAUGAGAUGAAAUUAAGUGAGGCCGUUUCUUUCAACAAGCAAACUUUGGAGUUUCAAGGUUUUGUUGAUCUCGGUCAAUAUACUCCAGAAGAAAAAAGAAUGACGCGUGCAGACCAUGCUUUGGUUUUCAUGUUUCAACCGUUCCGAGGAUCUUGGGUGCAGGUGCUUGGCAGCUACCUGACGAAAGAUUCAGUGACGAGUGCUAUAUUGCACAAACUUAUUCUGGAGUGCAUCUUGCUGUUAUCGAACUCCGGAUUUCAUGUUGACGCCGUCGUCACAGAUGGAGCACAAUGGAAUAGAGGCACCCCUGAUGGAAUCGUCCAAAAGAAGCACUGGGAAGCAUUAUUGAGAUAUGAGCAGAUGACCAAGCCCAGUUUAAAGAUCGCAUACCGCCUGACUCCGACUCAUUUAAAUCCGGCUGGAUUUCAAAGGAUGAACGUGCCUUUGGCUUUUCAGCUUUUCGAUUUGUCAGUUCGCGUGGCUAUGGAGGUGUAUCGAAACAAGCCGGAGUGCUCCGAUUUAGCUGAUUCUGAGGCAACGCAAAGGUUGUGCGAAAGAACAGGAAAACUCAUCGUAGCCAUGAUGUCACGGACGCCACAAGACGCUCUCCGUUGCUCGGGAGAUUGUCCUCAGAGGAAGGCGAUAAUUGAGUUCGACGCGUUCUUGAGGGAGUGGGACUCCAACACAACGAGUAAAGAGAUGCCCAUAUCCGCCAGUACCAUUUUUGGCUUCAAAGUGACUUUGGGUGCGACAUUAGAAAUUCUUGAAGUCCUUCAUAAAGAAGAUGGCUUAUUUCAGUUUUUAAUGACCGCUCGUUUGAAUCAAGAUGCAUUGGAGAGACACUUCGGAAUGGUGCGCGGAAGCUUGGGAGGGAACGAUCAUCCAGACCCUGAAUCGUUUUGUCGGUUGACCCGACUACUCGCUAGCUAUUCGCUAAUCAAACCGCCAAAAAAUUCCAACGUCAGCGGAACAGAACUGUUGGGAGUGUUGAUGCAGACGAAAGAUUCCUUGGCGGAUUCAAGAAAACCCCGUACUGAGUGGUUACAAAAACUCGACAGGAUGCUGGAGGAGGGUCAUGCGGAGGAUCCACCAACAGAAACGCACAAGCAAGAUCAUGAUUACGAAUUAUCUUUCUCCAUGAGUACAUGGAAGGAUAGCGUACAUGAUCAUACGUAUGACGUAACUCGUACGAGUUCUGAGGUGCAGGCCUAUCUCGCUGGCUUCGUAGCGCGCACAAUGUCCAAGAGGAUCAAGUGUGAGGAUUGCCUUCGAACGUUGAAAGCCAACAACUCCGAACCAGCUGAGUCGAGAGACGCCAUGAUCGAGCUCAUGGACCAGUACGGGGGUUUACUGCGUCCAACUGAGGAAUUGUUUCGACUCACGGAGAUAAUGGAGUCAACGGUUCUCGACGUAGUUGGGAAGUUCGGUGUAAAAAUCGAUACUCUCCAUAUAAUCCUGGACAGAUUGUCGGAACUGAAGGGUUUACCAAUGGUUGGAUGUGAGGAGCACCGGUUGGAGAUAACCCGAAGAGUCGUUGACUUUUAUCUCGUUAUGCGCGGUCAGUUCUUGGCAAAAUCGUUUAACGCAAAUAACAACGAAGCGCGCACCAAAACGAAGAGGCUCCGGAAACACGCAAAACUAUCGUAUUUUUGUGAUGCAAAUAGUUGCAUUAACAGUCCUUUUCAGGACUACCAAAAUAUUUGA